GCGGAGUACCAUUGACGAAUCACGACUGUCACGAGUGAGGGAGAAAGAGAAAAUAUCAGUGGUAGGGGAGGAAGUAAAUUUGAUGGGUAAAUAGUUAAAAUUAGUGUCCUAAUAUAUAAAGUGAAAAGAACAAGAGAAGCACAAUUAAAAGCAAGAAAUUGACAAGUCAUCAACCACGGCAGGAACAGUGUCGGGUUGAGUCCGUACCCGGUCCCCACUUCCGUGCCCACCCGCUUCAGGAUACUCUCUUCUUCCCCUUUCUUCCAUCGCUUCAUCUCCUCUAUCUCUGCCCAGAUUACACCCCACACAGCAAAGCUUGCUUUAAGCCCACACAUAUAAAUAGACCUACGCAUUCAAGUAAAAAAUAACAGAGCUUUUCCUGCGCUUCCUCUGAAGCUCCUUAUUACAAAUCAUCUUCGAUAAGAACAAUUGUAUUUAGAAUCUGUACUCUGUUUUCGGGUUUCAAUUACUUUACCUAGUUGUUCAUUUACGCCUUCUGAAAUUGCGAAGCUUUGGAGUAGUUUUUAAUUUAAGCUGAAUUCUGGAGGGUGGUUUCUGUUCUGGAUUGAGCUGCUUGGGUACAGAAAUGGAGUCAUUGGAGUCGGGUCAAGCUAGAUCCGUGGCUUAUGCAGCGCCAGCCGGAGAUAUCCGAGGCGAGUUUGAACAAUUUGGCAACGAGGGAAUCCACGCCGGUUUAAUGCCUGUAGUAGCGGAGGAAGCUGGAAGUUCGUUCACUGCACUGCUCGAGCUCCCGGCGGAGCAGGCGGUUGAGCUCCUGGUUCAUUCGUCGGAAAUAGUAGUGUCUCCGGCGACGAACGUUCCUGAAAUUGAACAUCAGAGAGAAUAUCGAAACGGCUUUCUUUCGCAGCCAAUUUUCCCCUCAGAUACAGCUCUAAUCGACCGAGGCUCCAAAUUAUCUGUGUUCGCGGGGAAAUCUCCCUCGAAUUCGCUGUCCAAGUCGCAGUGCAUGAAGCAAGAGCCGUCGGAUUCAACCCCGAUUUUAUCGUCCCCCGCUGUUUCCAAUCCAGCCGUCGACCAGAAGUGCACCAAACGGAAUGAGAGGGAGACAAAGAUUAAAGAGCCCUGCAAGAAGAAGAGCAAGAAAGCAGCAAUGAAUGCAAUGGCAGUAGACGGUGGCGAGAAGCUUCCCUAUGUUCAUGUUCGAGCUCGCCGCGGCCAAGCCACUGAUAGCCAUAGCUUAGCGGAGAGAGCAAGAAGAGAGAAGAUUAAUGCUAGAAUGAAGCUUUUACAGGAGCUGGUCCCAGGAUGUAACAAGAUUUCGGGUACUGCAUUAGUGUUGGAUGAGAUCAUUAACCAUGUUCAGUUCCUACAACGCCAAGUUGAGUUCUUAUCAAUGAGACUUGCUGCUGUCAACCCAAGAAUCGAUUUUAAUCUUGAUGCUCUCUUCAGUGUUCAACAGAGUGAGGCCCCCUCUAUGGAAAAUAACUGCACUGGCAUGAUAAUGCCCUCAAUGUGGGUAGGAGAAGAAGGGCAAGCUAAUGAGAACAGUCACCAACAGCAACUAUGGCAACAGCAUUCUGAUGGAUUCCAUCAACCUUUGUGGACUAGGGAAGAGCAGUCUAGCUUCAUUGCACAUGAAAACUCACUAUUAACCUAUGAUCAACCAGCAAAUUCAGGCGAUUUUCCUAUGCAUGAAUGUCAGCUAAAAAUGGAGAUAUGAUAGCAAAAACGGAAGCGUUUUGGAGUAGCUAGGCAGACAUGUAUAUAUCUCAAUUAUAGCGAUAGAUAGCGUCCUGGUUGAAAACCGAGAUCUGAAAAUAACAAGUAAUAUCAAUGGCAGAGAGGUGGUGCAUAAGUUUAUGAGGUCUGUUGUAGUAUGAAUGGAAUGAAGAACACUAACGUAGAGGAGGGUGGAAGAGCCAUUGUAUGUCUGUUAUAUUUUUCCAUGUUUUGUAUGAUGGGAUAUGGUUCACUUAUAAACAAGA